CCUCCCACCCUCUAUGUGGAGCAGACCAAAGUUUAGAGCGCGUGUGAGGUGGAGCUUCACUAAAAGCAAACGCUCCGUCCCACUAGGGGAGAAGAGCUCACAUAAAUCAAAGGUAUUUUAUUUAUUUAUUACUUUUCACGUAUCUUUUUUUUUCUCUGUGGAUUACUUGGAGCAAAAGGAUUUUUUUUUAAAUAGAAGGAAAAAAAACGGAUAUCGCGUUUUUAUUGAAAGCUAUGGUGACUUACGAUGAACUGGGAAGCUUGGUGCCUAUCAAACGGACUCUGCAAGUGAUAGACAACCAGAACCAAGCCCACAAGGAGUCAGAGGAACCCAGCAACAAGCGUGUCCGUCCUCUCGGCAGGGUGACGUCGCUAGCCAACCUCAUCUCGCCGGUGAAGAAUGGGGCCGUCCGGCGCUUCGGCCAAACCAUCCAGGCCUCCUUCCGGAGCGAUGGCAAGUCGCCGGCCGUGCCCCAGAAGCCUUGCAGCAAGGCAGCGGCCCCCACGCCGCCCAAAAGGAGAAACAGCACGCUGUGGUCGGAAACACUCGAUGUUCACCAGAAAGAAACCUUAACCACCAAAGAGAUCAAGCGGCAGGAGGCCAUAUUUGAGCUGUCUCGUGGAGAACAGGACCUGAUUGAGGACCUCCAGCUUGCACGCAAGGCGUAUCAUGACCCAAUGCUGAAACUCUCCAUCAUGUCCGAAGAGGAGCUCUCGCAUAUUUUCGGCAACUUGGAUGCCUACAUCCCUCUGCAUGAGGACUUACUGGACCAGCUCUCCAAAGCGACAGGUGCCAACGGAACCGUGGGCCAGAUCGGUCAGAUUGUUGUAAAUUGGCUACCCAGGCUGGAUGCUUACAAGGAGUACUGUAGCAACCAGCUGGCCGCAAAGGCCCUGCUGGACCAGAAGAAACAGGAUCGGCGGGUGCAGGACUUCCUGCAGCGCUGCCUGGAGUCGCCCUUCAGCCGGAAGCUAGACCUCUGGAGCUUCUUGGACAUUCCACGCUCCCGUCUGGUCAAGUACCCACUCUUGCUCAGAGAGAUCCUGAGACACACUCCACCUGAGCAUCCGGAUGCCACAAGCUUGGAACAAGCGAUCACCAUCAUCCAAGGGGUGCUGUCUGACAUCAACAUGAAGAAGGGCGAGUCGGAGUGCUUGUACUAUAUCGACAAGCUGGAGUAUUUGGAUGACCGGCAGAGAGAUCCCCGCCUCGAACAGUGCAAAAGCCUCCUUUGUCACGGCGAGCUUCGUAACAAGAGCGGCACGAAGUUGCACGUGUUCCUGUUCACCGAACUGCUGGUCCUGACCCGCUCGGUCAUCCGAAACGAGAGGCAAUGUUUCCAAGUGUACCGGCAGCCUAUUCCCGUGCAGGACCUGGUGUUGGACGACCUGCAGGACGGCGACGUCAGGAUGGGCGGUUCGUUCAGAGGUGCUUUCAGCAACGCAGACAAAGCCAAGAAUAUUUUCCGCGUGCGCGCCCAAGACCCUGGCCAGGCGCAGUCGCACACGCUCCAGGUUAACGACGUCUUCCACAAGCAGCAGUGGCUCAACUGUCUGCGCAGCGCCAUCUCCGUCCACCGGCCCCACGGCGAGAGCGCCUCACCACCGCCGACGGACGUCCGUUCCAAACGGCGACCGUCCUCCGUCUCCGCCAUCGUCCACAUGGAGGAGACGGACGAGAACCGCCCACAGCGGACCACCCAGUCCGCCCCCAGCUCUCCGUGUGGUACCGCCGCCCCUUCCCCCUCAGACUCCCCUUCCUCCUCCACAUCAUCGUCGCCCGUUCCCCCACCUACGUCUCAGAAGACCAAAAAGGACAAGAAGUCCCUUUAUUCAUUAGGGAAGAGAAAAGAGACCAUGGUGUAAAGCGGAAGGAGAAAAGAGACUCAAAUUUUUUUUUGUACAUAAACACGGGAAAACGUGGGACUUGUAUUUAUGUGCGUCAGUGUGUGUGCGUACCCUUCCAACAGUGUUCUGUUACUGUCUACUUUGGCAGCUGUUUACCUCACUCUCCUUUUUAAAUCCAUCCCAAAGACCAGGGUUUCCCCAAACUUUUUAUUUCACAUCAUAUAUAAUCGACAUCAAAUUAUUGAUCUGCCAUAAAAUGGUCCCAUGUUGGGUCCUCACCCAAAGUUUGGGAAACCCUGCCAAAGACAAAAAGAAAGGGAAGAAUGUUUACCAAUAAUUUGAUAUUUAAGCUUUUUUUCCUGCCUAAGAGGGAUAGUAGUUUUACAUUUUUAUAAUCUUAAUGUGGCAUUUUUUUAGCUAUAUUAAAAGGAGCACUGUUUUAGCUUUUAGUUGGUGCAUGUUUUCAGGUAAAACAGUAAGAUAAAUUAACAUUUACCAGUUAAGUUACGAGUGAACAAGAAGUCUUAUUUUUUUAUACAUUCCUUGAAC